CCGGGUUUAUCACGCGCUUCACCGGAUUCCGGCGCCGUCUCGGAUCGCUCGGACAGGCAACGCGCUAAAACAGUACUUCAAUAAAAUCUUAAGCCCAUUUAAUACAGUGAAGUAAAUAAAACUGCAUAUCAAACAAUUUGCGUAUUUUCCCGUAACAACGACAAAAAAGAUUUUCCAAAAUGCGGCGGAACCGUCAAGUUUCGAUGAUCGCGACGCCUUCAGUGGUGCUUCUGCUACUCGCAACGGCAAACGUCUCGGCGAUACGAGUAGAUUGGAACACCAACACUGGCCCGAUAGUGCCUCCCACCAGCACACCAGCUCCAGUACCACAGCCCCCAUUCCGUGAUCCUGCCCCGGUGUGGGAGGAUCAAUCCGACGAUAUCCCGAACCCCAAUCCCUACAGGUACAUUCUGCCACCACCAUCGCGCCCGAAGUACAACGACAUUACCCUCGAACAGCGCAAGCAGUCUCAACAGCAGCAGCAUCAUCAUAAUCAUCAAACCGUUGCACCCGUGAACCCAACACUUCCUUCUACAACCGCCGCACCGACGGGACAGAUCAUCGAUAGGCCACAACAGCAGCAGCAACAGCAAGCUUCCGGAGUCAACCCAACUGGCAGUCCAGCACAGCACACGACGGUGCAUCAUCAGCCACAACAGCAACCUCAACAGCAGCAGCCGCAUGUCGUGCCGAGCCUCGCGGUGCAGUACGUCCCCAACAAAGGUCUCAAAUAUUACGCCGUCGUGCCACGACACACGGAAGUGUCGUACGGAUCUGCCAAGCAGGCUUUGCUGGCUACCAACGAUCUCUACAGCCAACAGCAGCAAGCCCAGAGCAAGUACGAUAAGUACGAUAAGCUCAACGGCAAGUACAACCCGAAGCUGAAGAAGUACAAGGCCUACGAAAAGGUUAAAUACAUGCCGUACAUUGUGUAUUACGACGCCAGCAAGCAGCAGUUUUACUACACGAACGUUCCUGCAAAUAUGAUCAUAAACAAUAACCUGUAAUCUGCCAGCCGCUAGCCAGAGCGUGAACAAGCAUUAGAGCAACACGAAAGCUCCAGCAGGUCAGCCCUUUCCAGACCAGCCAGGUUCCGUACCAUGCGAGAUUCAUUUAAAGCUUUCGUUUGCUAUCUUCAGCAGCUGGAGCGAAAAGCGAGUGUUAGAUGUUCAUUUUUUGUGUCGUUUGCCAAAACAUUAAUUUCUACUUCCUAUUUGGAUGAUGAUGGAUGGACAGCGGAAAUGUCAAAAUGUAUUCCGAAAAAUACAUGUAAAAAACCUCUUUGCUUCAGCACUUCAUGUCAUGACAAACACUUCGGCAAGACGGCAAAAAACAUGAACAAAAAAGCAACGAUACAAGCACCGCCAAGUUCGCCAAAAGGCAAAAGAAACCACAACCGAAACGAGCAUUUCAUUAUACUUUUUGUCUUAGAUUUAGUGAGAGGAAAACUGAACGAAAAAAACACUUUAAAGGCAUUUGAGAAGUGAAUUUUAAGGAAGCAGAAAGAAAGCGUAUUGAAAAAUGGAAAUAAUGCACACACAACCAUAGGCGUACCUUUUCGAAAAGCGUACAAAACCAGUCCCUUCUAGUAGUUGUUAAGAAACCCACACGGCGAGCGAUGAUACAAACAGUGUAAAUAACGGAAAGAUAAAAUAAA